AUGACGAGUAGCGUAGGAUCACCUGGUAAGGGCAGCGUCUUAGAUCGUUACGUCAAGAAUCUCGCAAAUGAUAGCUCUUUACAACCUCCCCCGCAGUUGAGAACUACCUCUCAAUCAAGACUGAACUCUUUCCAUAACUUGAAAGGGGCUUCUAGGAGUAAACCUAAUGUUGACAAUCAGGACAAGGAGAACGUUGGCAAUGCUAAGAAUGGUUCUUUGAACGAAAAAAACCCAUUUAUGGCGGCUGCUGGUGGACUGAAAUCUUCAAAGUCUCCCAAUCAAUUGAAGUUCGGUGGUAAUAAAGUCAACCAGGGUAUCAAUGGCGGUGGCGGCAGUAGAUCUAGUAGCAAUGUCAACACGUCUGAUUUGACUAGGGAAGAAAAAGGUUACUACGAGUUCUUAUGCAGAGUGGCUGAAAUUAAACAGUGGAUUGAACGUGUUAUUGGUGAAGAUCUACCUUCCGAAGUAGACUUGAGUACAGGUGAUUGUCUGAGAAAUGGUGUCUAUCUAGCUACAGUGACACAGAAGAUCAAUCCAGAUUUAGCUCCAAGUGUUUUCCCUGCUGGUAACAGAUUACAAUUUAAGCAUACUCAAAAUAUCAAUGCUUUUUUCAGUUUGGUCGACCAUGUUGGGCUCCCCAAUUCCUUCAGAUUUGAAUUACAAGACCUUUACAACAAACAAGAUUUACCGCAGGUUUUUGAAACCCUUUACAUUUUAAUCACCAUGAUUAAUAAAAAAUGGCCUACGAAGACUCCAAUUAUCGAAAAUCUUUCCGGAAAGGUAAAUUUCAGCAAGGAUGAUAUUAGGAAAUGUAAGAAGACGUGGCCAAGAAUCCGUGAUUUCAAAUCCUUAAAUGUCAAUUCUGUAAAAUCCACCGUUGGGAAAAAAGCUACAGCGCCUACAGGUGGUGGUCUUAUUCAAGAUUUCAGUACAGUGGAGACUAGCGAACCCUCUUCUGAACCAGAGACACCUAAACCCAAAAAUCGUCUUGCAGAUGCCAAGAGUCAACCCACACUUAAACCUGAGCCUGAGGAUGAACCCUCUUUUAUGAUGAAAUCAUCGACUCCGGCAAAACCAGAGGAACAGGAAGAACUAGAGGAGCCAGCGGAUUCAGAGUCAGUAAAAAUAACUACCCCAGAACCAGAACCAAAACAGCUUAAAGAAUCUGAUGAACCACUCAAAUUUGAACAUUCAGUUAGUACACCUGUGAGGAGAACUAGGCAAAAGUUGGAAUCCAUUAAACUGUCUCCCCCAUCUAGUGAAACUGGUUCUCUUUAUUUUUCACCAACAACGGAUCGCAGAGAUUACAGCAGCACAUCGCCUAUCAGAUCUCAAAGCUUCAGACCAACAGAAAGCGAUCAUCUCCGGUCCCCAUACCUAAGGCCAGCCGAUAGCGACAUAGUAUCUCGACCACCCCAUUUGGAGUACAGCCCUCUGAAGAGUACUAGCUUUUCCUACUACUCUCCUACAAUAUCCAGAUACCUAACUUAUGAUACUGAUUUCUACGUGAGAAGAAGCCAAGCCAGAGAAAGAGGAAUUGAUUUUUAUCAGACUUACAAAUAUGAGCCUGUGUCUUAUUCCCCUCAGAGAAAGAAGAGAAUGACGGAGAUGGAAUUUUUGGACAAAGUCAUACACAUCCAAAGCAUAUGCCGCGGAGCCAAUGCACGUUUUGAUAUGCGUAUUCAAUCGAGACUUUUAAAACUAUUUGAAAAGGAAGUGCUUCGUUUCCAAUCUAUCAUUCGUGGUAACAAGAGAAGAGUUGGUAUCCCUCAACGCUUUUCUAUAAAUCUAACAGAUGACCAAGAGGUGAGCUUAACUAAACUACAAGCAUUGUUUAGGUCCAGUCGCAUAAAGUCUCGAAAUGAUAGAUUGAAACUUAAGAUUUAUCGUAAGACGGCUCAGAUUGAAGCAUUACAGAAUAUAUUCCGGGGUUCUCGCCUCAGGAAAAGAGUUAAUCAAGAGCUUUAUGAUAGAAAUGUGUCUGAUGCUCCUUUGAGAAAGCUACAGUCUUGGAUACAAGGUAAGAGAUGUAGAAAUCAUGUGAAAGGUACGUCUAGAUCGUUGUCGUCAAAGGCUAUAGCUUUCCAGAAAUUUCAAGGUUCCUGUAGAGGUCUACUCUAUAGAAGACACUUUCUGUUCGCUCACCAUUUCAGCGACAAGGCACUAUCACAACUCAAGGACUUUCAAGAAAGAAUUCGUGGUGCCAAUGUUCGCAAUUCGGUCUACGAUUUGAUUUACGACGCUGAAGCUAAGAACCGUGUGUUUAAGCGACUAUCUGGAAUGUUGAGAGGCCGCAAGUUACGUGAAUCCCUCCUCGAUGUUCUGUACGAUGAUGAUCCAGACUUUGCGAAUGUGAGGCCCUUACAAGGAAUUGUAAGGGGUGUCUUGGUACGCUAUACCCUAGAUUUGGUGGAUGAUAUCAUUGAAUACUACCAUCUGGACCAAUUCCAAGCACAUGUAAAAGGAUUCCUUUUACGUUCGAAAUUUGACGAGAGGGAAAAGUAUUUCAAACGUAAUGAACGUUCAGUGAUAAUUAUUCAAAGUAAAAUCAGAACUUUCAUUCAAAGGGAAUCGUUUUUCGAUUUAUUGCAUCACCCAAAUCCACACAUAAAACACGUUAAGAAAUAUGCAUACUUACUCAAUAACACUGGAACCAUCGAGGAAAAUCAAGAUAAACUAGAAGCCUGCCAAGCCCAACUGGAUUCAGAGAAUUUGAAAAAAGAAACUUUUGAAAAGAACAUAAGACAACAAUUAGACACUGGAAAUGUACUUGAGAAAUUCGGAUUAACCAGUGGGCUCACAAAGGAGCUCAGCGGGAUGGAUAUACCACUCUGCAGAUAUCCAACUUAUGAAAAAUUAUUUUUCCUACUCCAAGUUGACCCUUCUUAUUGGAAGAUUCUCUACACCUUUGAACCUGUUUUUGUUGAGAAGAACAUGUAUGUGUCUUUUAGCACUGUUAAUCAAAGAAUGGGCAGAAGAGAAAAGAUUUAUUUCAUACGGGUACUUGCUGACAUUUUGCAACAGGAAGUGAUAGAAGCUCGCUCAAUGCAACAAUAUCUGACCAAACCCGAUAGAUUUUGGAAUAGAAUGCUGAGAACAUUUUUGAGACGUGAGUACCCUGAAGUUUUCAGCAUAUUCCAACCAUUGUUAAAGUACAUCAAUAAUCCAAGGGUUAAUUUUGAAGGUGAUCCAUUAGUUAUUUACAAGGAUAUUCACCAUACGGAACCAUUGAGUCGCUCAGAAGCCAUUGAAGACGAAAAAACCAAAAUCAAAUUCAUUGAAAACCUGAGAAAUCUCUGGCAUUCUGUAGAAAUGACGGCCGAAAUCUUUACCAGAAAGCUCAAAGAGAUUCCAUUAGAGGUAAGAUUUAUUGCCAGUAAAAUGUUCACUUGUGCCGCCGACAAAAAUACGGAUGAAAUUGGAACAUUGAGAUCCAUUUCUAUUGUUCUUGUCAAUUCCUUUAUUUUUGAAUAUAUGGAAAACAGGAGCCUUUAUGGGUUUGAUGCUGAUGAAUCACCAAACCUGGACAGAAAGUUGCACAGCUUUAUGAGGGCCAUUGAAAUUGUCUUCGGGUUGGGGAAAUUCAAUGGUUAUUAUGAUCCUCUAAACCAAUACGCGGAUGAAAUUAACAUACAGAUGCGGGAAUUGUUAUUCAACAUCAUUCUAGAUCCGGUUUUCGAGCAAGAAGCUGAUACUUUGGUUUACAGAGAUAUGGUAACCGCAAGUCCACAAUUGGAAAUUCUCACUGAAAAAGUCCUUGUGAUAAGCAUGAAGUUUAGGGAAUACUUGCUAGAGUUCCCGGAUGAUGAUGUGAUCCAUGAAAUUUUAGAGAAAAGUCCAACUUCCAGAGACUUUAAGAAGAGUGGCAGAAUAGUAUUAGAUUUAACUGCUUCUGCUUACAGAUUUUUAGUAUGCGACGACCGUAUGAGAAAGGUCUAUGACCAAGUGAAGCGUUCCAUGGUUUAUAUGAUGCAGAUUGAAGAUGUGCAAACCAAUUUAUCCGAUCUUGUAGUUAGCACUGUCCUCCCGCAGGAUGAACCCAAUUUCAUAAAAUUGAUGUGUGCCAAUCCUGGUAUUAAAAAUGAUCCUAUGAUCAAGGCGUUACAGUCUCCCAAAUAUUUCAACAUGAAGAGUUCCACUUUAAAAAAAUUGAAAGAACUUGAACGAUCUGGAAUUAUUAAAACCAACAGUAACCAACUGCAAAACUUCUUGAACGAUAUUGCCAAUACCAUCAAAAAUCCCCACUAUGCAAUUGAUUAUGUUACUGAAGAGCUCCAUUUGACGCAGGAAACUUUGAAAGGAGUCGCCAAGAUCAACAAACAAUUUGAAAAGACAUUGACUAACUUAAGGACAUGUGUCAACCAAGCAAUUAGAGAUAUGCUAAAAUCGAGAGACUUCAAUCCCGGACAUAGGAGCGCUCUAGACAAUUUGAAAGGUGCUUAUAAGAAGGUGCAAACAAGAAAAUCCGAUAAAAUCGAGGGUACCAUGAAGUUCAAAUGGACUACUAGACAACUCUACGAAAAAGGUGUUAUAAAGUCCAUUGAGAGUGAGAAUCUAGCUGAACAGAAGGUAAAAGUAUUUGGAUCAAGUGGUCCAAAAUUCCCUGACAUCAAUUUCAAAAUAUCGACUUCAGACGGAGCAGUGUAUGGGAUUCAAUUAUUAGAUAGGCGUAAGGGUUUUGAGAAGAAUUUAGAAGGUGUUGAUUCAUUUAGUUUUAGAGAUCUAUUGGGAACGCAAGUUGGAUCAAAAGUUGAGACAUGGCAAUUGUUGAACAAGAAGGUUUCCAUCAACACAGCUCAACUGCUAAAAUUAAUAAUUGACGUUUUCUUGAAAAAGGGACAAUAA